GAACCUGCCUUGACCAUGUCGACUGGUACUCCCGUCGUCUACGAGGGCACCGCUGGCGUCGCCGACGCCGGUGGUGACUCGCUCAACGAGGACCUCAACAUCUACUACGCGGUACGCGCUGGCCCGCCCGCCCUUCCUUCAGCGCGCCAGAGCGCAUCGCAUCUUGUCGCAAACUAACUUGCGUGUCCUGAUAGGCUGGAGAUUUGGCGUGGAUCAUGACCUCGUCGGCCCUCGUGCUGCUCAUGGUGCCCGGUGUCGGCUUCUUCUACAGUGGAUUGGCGCGCCGCAAGUCGGCCCUCGCACUCAUUUGGCUGUCUUUGAUGUCAAUCGCAGUCGUGUUUUUCCAGUGGUUCUUCUGGGGCUACUCGCUGGCUUUCUCCCACAGCAGCAACAACCCUUACAUCGGCGAUCUUUCCAACUUCGGCCUCAAGGAUGUGCUCGCCCAGCCCAGUGUCGGUGGCUCGCGUGUCCCUGACGUUCUGUUCUGCCUUUACCAGGGCAUGUUCGCGGCCAUUACCCCCGCACUCGCCAUUGGCGCCGCUGCCGAUCGUGGUCGCAUGCUCCCCUGCCUCGUCUUCAUCUUCAUCUGGACGACCAUUGUCUACGACCCGAUUGCCUACUGGACAUGGAACCCUAAGGGAUGGUCGUUCAUCAUGGGUGGCCUCGACUUCGCUGGUGGCACGCCCGUUCACAUCAGCUCCGGUGCUGCCGCGCUCGCCUACUCGCUGAUGCUUGGAAAGCGGACUGGCUAUAACAAAGUCAACGGUCUGCCGUACCGCCCCCACAACGUCACCCACGUCGUCCUCGGCACGGUCUUCCUCUGGGUCGGUUGGUUCGGCUUCAACGGUGGCAGUGCUCUCGCUGGCAACCUGCGCGCUGUCAUGGCCUGCCUGGUUUCCCAGAUCGCUGCUUGUGUUGGUGGAUUCACCUGGUGCCUGCUUGAUUACCGUCUGGAGAAGAAGUGGAGCACUGUCGGUUUCUGCUCGGGCGUCAUUUCUGGUCUCGUUGCCAUCACCCCGGCCUCCGGCUUUGUCCCGCCUUGGUCGGCUGUCAUCUUCGGCAUUGUCGGCGGCGCCGGAUGCAAUUUUGCAACCAAGCUCAAGUUCAUUAUCGGGGUUGACGAUGCUAUCGAUAUCUUCGCUGAGCACGGUGUUGGUGGCAUCAUUGGCAACCUGCUCACCGGUCUCUUCGCUGCUAACUACAUUGCCCAUCUCGAUGGAGCGACUGUGAUUGCGGGUGGCUGGGUCAACCAGAACUACAUCCAGCUCGGCUUCCAGCUCGCCGACAGCGUUGCGGGCUUCUCCUACUCGUUCGUCAUGACCUGUGUCAUUCUUUUCCUCCUGAACCUCGUCCCGGGCCUAUCUCUGCGCGUGUCGGCCGAGGAGGAGGAGCUUGGUCUCGACGAUGCCCAGCUCGGAGAAUUUGCCUACGACUACGUGGAGCUUAGCCGUCACGUCAACGAUAUCGUUACUCUCGCCACUCCUGGCAGCUCUGGAGAUGCGACUAGCCUCAAGGGCGCUGAUCCCGAGAAGGCCGUUUAAUCUCACGAUGACACGGAAUACGAUGGUCACGGUGGAGCGCUUUGGAGUAGAUACUAUCUAAAGAAAUAAUCUUCAUCUGUCAAUGAUACCUUUGGCAUUUGCCGCUUUCAUUACUAAUUUAAUUAAUAUAUAAGAUCUUGGAUCUGCCCUUUCUCUUCGUUUCUUGUGAUCCCGAUCUCUUGGAUCUGGAAUGAAGUUCAAAUCCCUUGGCGAUCGGGCGUUGGCGGCAUCUUGCACCCUUGCGUGAUACGCAAAACCGUGCCACGCAAAACCUAAGCUAGCUGCGCCCCCGUCCUACUGUCGCCAUCCAGGAUUCAGCGUGGUCAGCACUCUAAACAUGGGCCCCUUGGCCCUGAAGAUCUAGCUUCCCUAGCUGUCGACGGAUUGGCUUACGAGCGCGAUCCGAUGGCGUGGUUUUCCUUCCAGA